AUGUCGCUGCUCACUGCUACUACGUUCCCAAAUGCUCCGGACUUCGCCGCCUCGACCAUGAACACAAGCGUGGACUAUCAGACACGGAGGAGACUUCAAAACCGUGUUGCGCAACAGAGAUUCCGCGAAAAAAGUAAAAAGCAGAUACAUUCCGACGCAGCUCGGACGGGUUGUUACAGCUCUCCAGCCCUUUCAACAAGCCCCUUGAGAGCUCAGAUGGGCCAUAUAAGCGGCUCUGAUACCAUAGCAACAUGGCCACAGACAUCAUUACCACUCUUGACUCCCACACCGCUGGAAUCUCAGGACGUUUCACAGCGAUCCUUCAAUCUCGAAGCAAUACCAAUGGGGCAAUUUACACCCCUCCCACCUAUCGACCGGGCUAGCAAUUCGCACGACAGCGAACCGUGUCUUUACACACCCCCUCUCACUGAGAUAUGCUUUGACUUUGAAUCACUCCCUUGUAGUACGCCCUUGGAGCUUGAUAUGAGCAUUUCACAGGCACACGAACCAUCAGAGGAGCCGGACGUAGAAAACCCAAUGUCCUCUACCUAUUCUGAGACACGAAAUCUUCUAUUGGAUGGUACCGAGGACAUCAUCCAAGCCCGACUCACCGACUACCAAGACCAAUCUAGCCCUGAGAACAAAAUUCAGAUCAAUGAUAAGGCUGCAUCAAUCCUGCAGAAACAAAAGAUCCACCUCGGAAGGCAGGCCGACGAGUUAAUACGAAAGUUGAUAUCGAUCUACGAUCUCGGAGUUUCCCUGGAGAUAUUUCCCGGCGAUCCUUAUUUCAAACAAGUGCUGGAGACAGCGGAUACCAGGUUUUCUUCAAUAUGGAAAUAG